AUGUUUGACAAACUGUUUAGGCAAUUCUCUUAAUUCUAUGAGAGUUUCAACCCUUCAUAUUUUAUAAUUGCAGUAGUUGCUUUUUCUUAGGGUGUGUAACACUUAGCUGAUUUAUCGAUUAACUAUAUGCUCAAAGAUGAUUUUGGAUUAUCACCAGCUAUGAUGGGACUCUAUUUAAGUUACACAACAACACCUUGGAUAGUAAAACCAUUCUGGGGUUUAAUAACGGAUUCGAAGCCUUUAUUUGGUUAUAGGAGAAAAUCAUACAUAAUAUUAUUUGGAAUUUUUGAUGCAUUAGGGUGGAUUGCUUUAUCUAAAUAUGGAACUGAUAAUUUAUCAUCUGCCCUUUUAUUAUUGUUCUUGAUAUAACUGUCAACAUGUUUUGUGAAUGUAGUUGGAGAAGCUAUUCUAGUAGAAGUUGCUGCUUAAGCCUCGAGACAAUAAACCAAUUUCUAACAUGGAGCCUCAAAGAAUGUCUCUAUAUUCUUUGGAGUCCGUGCCUUCGGAACACUAAUAAGUGCAUUCUUUUCAGGAGCAUUAUUACAUUAUUUCACAAAAUAAGAAAUAUUUAUGAUGACAGCUGCAUUCCCUUCACUAUUGGUUUUAGUGUCAUUCUUCUAUGUUGAAGAGAAGGUUGAUCCUAGAGCUUUGGAUUAAAAUGACAGAAGAAACAACACUAUGCAAUGCAUAAAAGAUUUCUGGACAUUCUUCUAGAAUCCUUUAAUUUACAAGCCAGUUGCAUUGAUAUUUUGUUUUAUGAUGGCCCCUUCAAGUUCAACUAUCAUGUUCUUUUUCUACACCCAAGUUUUAGGCUUUGAACCUUCAUUCCUUGGAUAAUUGAAGUUCGUUUAUGCGUUGUCUACCAUUUUAGGAGUGCUUCUUUAUAACAACUAUCUAAAAGAUGUUCCAUUCAAAAAGAUAUUCAUCACCACUACCAUCCUUUAUUAUUUCUGUUAUCAAUCAAUGAUCAUCCUUGUCACCAGAAAAAAUGUCGAAUGGGGUAUCAAUGACAAAUUCUUCUGUCUCGGAGAUUCAGUCAUGUUACAAUUGGUGGGUGAAUUGAAUUUGAUGCCUAUAUUAGUCUUGGCAUGUAGGAUGUGUCCAAAGAACAUUGAAGCAACUAUGUAUGCUAUGUUGAUGAGUACAAUCAAUUUUGGAUCUACAUUGGGAUCAUAAUGGGGAGCCUUAUUCUUAAUCUUGUUUGGAGUUAAUUAAAAUGAUUAUUCUAAAUUAUGGCUAUUCAUUAUUGUGACUGGAGUAUUCAUUUUGAUGCCACUUCCUUGGGUCGGAGUUGUUAUAGGAGGACAAGAUCCCUAUAAUCAAGGGAUUAGCAGUUGACUCAAUUAAAGUAGAAGGAUUGUGAAUCUGACACUGUUUCCACGAGCAAUUUAAGAUAGGAGGAUGACUAACAAUAAUUACUUUCAGAAAAUGAACAAUAAAAGUCAUGAAAUUUAUAGAAUACAAAUAUUUAGAAUUAUUUUCCA